AUGUUCCCCAAGCUGCUCCUCCUCGCCCUCGCCAGUGCGUCAGUUGUCCUCGCUGCUCCUGCACCGCCAACUCCUUCUGACACACAGAUCCUUCAGUACGCGCUGACGCUGGAGUACCUCGAGAACGCCUUCUAUACCGGAGCUCUGGACAAGUACGAUGCCAAAGCAUUCACCGACGCCGGCUUCGCCCCUUGGGUCCGGGCACGCUUCGAGCAAAUCAUGGACCACGAGAAGACCCAUGUCAAGUUCCUCCAGACCGCCCUCGGCUCGGCUGCACCGCAGGCAUGCAACUACACCUUCCCCUACAAUGACCCGGAGUCUUUCGUCCAGCUGGCGAUGGGGAUUGAAGGGGUUGGUGCUGCAGCAUACCUCGGCGCGUCGAAGUACAUCAGCGACAAGGACACUCUCACGGCGGCCGCAUCCAUUCUAGCCGUUGAACAACGUCAAGUGGGGUGGAUGUCCUCGGCUGUGCUCAAGGAGCAGCCUUGGGACGGUCCCUUCGAGACUCCUCUGGGCUUGAGUGCGGUUUACUCGCUGGCUUCGCCGUUCAUCACGUCGUGCCCAUCAUCAAAUCCGGCGCUCCCGGUGAUAACGCUCCCCGCGUUCAAGCUCCCCGCGGCGUCACCAUGGCCGGGCGCGACAAUCUCGCUCACCUUUGACAACCCGAACAACGCAUCGCCUACGUUUGUCGCGUGGUUCAGCGGGCUCGAUGUCGUGUUUACGACCAUUGACGGGAACAAGAACACGGUCGUCCCCACUGGCCUGCAGGGCACGGUGUACGCCGGUGUGGUCUCGAGCGACACGAUGCCUCUGGCGGACAGCGACAUGGUCACGGGGCUGACGAUCGUGCAGUUCCCCUUCGACUCGAUGGCAGCGGAGGUGGACAACGCGUGA